AUGAAAAUAAUUUUUAAAAAAGAACCAAACGAAAACCAUAAGCAACAUUCUGACAGUGGCAGGCAAAGGCAAAUUGGCCAUGGACAAAUGGGUGGUGCGUAGUAGCAUUUUCCUUCUCUUCGUUGCCAUGUCCUUAGCCUUUCGAUUUUCUCUGAACCCAAAUGGGAAACACUUUGAUUCUCUUCUAACAUGCCUCAAUAAUAAUAAUAAUAAUAAUAUCUCUUCUUCUUCAUAUUUGAAAGAGCGGAUAGUUGAGUUGGCUAAUGAUCCACACACCGUUGACUGGAUGAAGAAGAUUAGGAGACAAAUUCAUAAGAACCCUGAACUUGCUUUUGAAGAGUUUGAGACAAGCAAGUUGAUUAGGCAACAACUUGAUCAAAUGGGAAUUGCUUAUCGGUGGCCCGUGGCAAGAACUGGUGUAGUGGCCACACUUGGGUCUGGUUCUUCACCCUAUGUUGCUCUGAGAGCUGAUAUGGAUGCUUUGCCCAUUCAGGAAAUGGUUGAGUGGGAGCACAAGAGUAAAGUAGAUGGAAAAAUGCACGCUUGCGGCCACGAUGCGCAUGCUGCAAUGCUCCUCGGUGCUGCAAGGAUCUUGAAACAAUUGCAAGAUACGUUGCAGGGAACUGUCGUGCUUAUAUUUCAACCAGCUGAAGAACAAGGGCAAGGCGGUAAAGACAUGAUUGCAGAAGGGGUUCUUGACAAUGUAGAUGCCAUUUUUGGGUUGCACACUGUGCAUAGGUAUCCUACUGGAGUGGUUGCUUCUCGGCCUGGAGAAUUCCUUGCAGGAUGUGGGAGUUUCAAAGCAAAGAUAAUUGGAAAAGGUGGUCAUGCUGCAAUUCCCCAAGACUCCAUUGAUCCAAUUUUGGCAGCAUCAACAGCAGUGAUUAGUUUGCAGAAUAUAGUUUCAAGGGAGAUUGACCCUUUAGAUUCUCAGGUGGUUUCUGUAGCUAUGAUCCAUGGAGGUACUGCAUUUAAUGUCAUACCAGACUCUGCUUCAAUAGAAGGAACGUUCAGGGCUUUCAGCAAGAAGAGCUUCAAUGCACUCAGGGAAAGAAUAAAAGAGGUUAUUGAAGGGCAGGCAGCUGUACAUAGGUGCACUUGUGAGGUAAAUUUCACAGGAACUGAACAUCCCAUAAUCCCUCCAACAGUAAAUGAUGCCAGAAUUUACGAACAUGUUCGGCGUGUUUCAAUUGAUAUCGUAGGAGAAGGAAACGUUGAGAUAGCUCCCAUCUUCAUGGGGAGUGAAGAUUUUGCUUUCUAUCUUGAUAAAGUACCUGGAUCCUUUUUAUUUCUAGGCAUGAGAAAUGAGAAGAUUGGGAGUAUAUAUCAUCCACAUAGCCCAUACUAUACCAUUGAUGAGGAUGUGUUCCCAAUUGGAGCAUCAAUAUAUGCGGUCUUUGCACACUCAUACCUUUUAAAUUCAACAAGAAACUUGAAUUCUUAUGACUAAAAUUAUUUUCUUUUUCUAUUGUAAUCGU